AUGACUACUCUUUCUCGCAUUAUGGACGAGCUCUGCGUUAAAUUCUUUCAAAGUCCCAUGAACUACAACACUUCAAAUACGGAUAAGAUUUUGUACAUAAGUAAUCCGGAUAAAAGGAAGACUUGUGAAACAAAUCGCUAUAACUUCAAUAAACCUGUCGUUGAUUCUUCAAAUUCGAUGCUAAUAUCUGCUAGUGACAGAAAUUACAUCAACGCUCAUUUUAAAAACGAGUGCGGUUCUAUAUCCAAGCCAUUGCUGAUUCAACGACGUCUUGGCUCUUUAGAUGUGGAAAUGACUCAAGACAACGUUAAAUACUACAAAGACAAAGUGUGGCCCCUUGGUAUAGUUCUUUAUGGGGUUGAUGAUGAAUUAGGUGAUACAAUGGAUUACAAGAUUCUUAGGCACGCUAUGACUUCUAUUGAGAUAUCUACGUGUGUGGUCUUCCAAGAAGUCAAAACUGAUGGGGUUUUGGAAGCCAAGAGUCAAAUCUGGUUCUCGAAAGACGGUAACGAAAUGCCCAUGUUAGGUUUCGUUGAAAACAAACAGUCAGUAAAACUAUCUUCCUUCGUGAAUGGCGCGGCCGGUCACGACGCCCAUGUAUAUAACAAUUUAUUGAGGAUCCUCGGAGUACACAUGAUGUCAAAUAGAUUUGACAGAGACAAUUACGUGACUAUAAAUUGGCGGAAUGUUGAGAAGGGUAAAGAGCAGUAUUUGGAACGUGCGCCUGAAGAGGCUUGGUUGACGCAGAUACCUUACGACUUCGAUAGCAUUACCCACGCGCCAGCCAACUAUAUGUGUGGAGAUUGUGGCCUAGGAGCAACCACUGUACAACCUAUACAGGAUUAUCUCUGGCAGAGAACUAUAUCGAUGGGUCAUUCAAAAGACUUAAGCAAAUACGACAUACAAAUUAUAAAUAUGUUAUACGUGACGCAGUGCCGUAAAAGAUUAUUUGAUGUUUAA